AUGACUGACUCCGAACAGAGUAGGAGUGCCAAGGGUGCUGCACAGGUUGUAUUUGCCUGGACGCACCCGCACGUGAAGCUUGACCCUGUUGGCACCGCAGACAAGAUUGCGAUUAUCAUUGGUGGAACUUGGUAUGGGCUGACAUUCUUUUUGGCUGAUUUCUGCUGGCUGAAUUGGAAAUAUCGACCUAUCCACACAAAGAACCUCCCCCUCACUACGCUGUUCUACUUUAUGUACAUCCUCUGGUUCAUUGGUGAUGUGGUAACAAGUGGAAAUAUCAAUGUCGAAGGCGCAUGGGCUAAAUGCAAGGCGCUUGGUGCCUGGGUCAGAAUUCCAGGGUCAUUUGCCUGCUCUAGCGCCCUCCUAUUCCGGGUAUUUGCCCUGGGCCAUGUGUUUAACCACCGCAAACCAUGCAUGGGUAUGGAUUCUAUAGCCCCAGUACCGCUUUUGUCGUUCUACUUUUUAGUUUUCUGCAGUAUCACGCAGGUGCACAAGAACGGCACUACUGUCAAAUAUGAUCCUGUGCUUGAGGGUCAUGUCUAUGUAAAAUCUUUCAGGCAUAUACACUAUCAAGAUUUUCACCCUCAACUUGUCGUUUGGAGUGUUCAAAGGGAAUCUGAUUUUGUUUUUCUUUGUGCCUGUGCUGGACUCUCCGCGUAUCGCUUCCGCUGCAUCAGGCUGUUCAUUGCCGCGACACAAUCCUGGAGUACAUUACUGGGAGCGUGCCCAUUUGGGUCAUCCUCAGAAAAAUGGAUGCGGCAGCUCAAGACCAAGGCAUACAACAAGAAAGACAACUACAUAUUGCAAAAGGUCUACGAUGACCAGUAUAGUCCUUGA